AUGAAACAUACCGAAUCUCACCAGUGGAGUGGGACUCAGUGGCAUAGUUGCGAGCUAUAAUGCAGACAAAGAGUUAAUAUUAGGAUGAGGAAUUCCGGUUUGUUGAGUGUUUUUUUUUUUUCGUGCAGGCGGAAAAAACCAAAGCUCACCCUUGGAACCGACUUGAACAGCAAAAGGCUUAGCGACGGCCUUGGCGAGGAAGUUGGCGUUGGCGCGUUGGACGCGAAGGCUACCGAAGGAAGCCUUUCCGAUGGCACGACUAAGGUAACUCAUUGAUGAAGGAAAGUAAGGGCCUUUGUUUUCUCUGAGACUGGCAAUGUUAAAAAAUUUGGAGGCUUAGCGCGAGGGCCCCCUUACCCGAAAAUGUUGUCGACGUCAUCAUUUCUGCUCGUGUUGUUUGUCUGCCAGACGUCCAAACCUCGAAUCUUCUUGUGUACAAAUUCCAUCAUGAACGUUCUUGCUAGAUCCGCCAGAGCUGCUGUCAAGCCCAUGCGCAUGGCUCGCUUCUAUGCUUCCGAGGCACCUGCCGGUGCUGCCAGCGACAAGCUUCGUCUUACCUUCGCUGUUCCUCAUCAGGCCAUCUAUAAGAACACUGAAGUUCACCAAGUCAACUUGGCUGCCACCUCUGGUGACAUGGGUGUCCUCGCCAACCACGUUCCCACCAUCGAACAGCUCAAGGCUGGUGUUGUCGAAGUUUUGGAGAACGCCUCCACCACCAAGAAGUACUUUGUCUCUGGUGGAUUCGCCACUAUCAACCCUGACUCCACCCUCAACAUCAACGCUGUUGAAGCUUUCGAGUUGGAUCAAUUCUCUCCUGAGGCUGUUAGAGCCGGUCUUGCCGAAGCCCAAAAGGCUUCUGCUACUGGUUCAGAGGAGGAGAAGGCUGCUGCCAAGAUCGAAGUCGAAGUCUACGAGGCCUUGACCGCUGCUCUUACCAAGUAAAUCUCCAGUAUAGAAUAGAUUGAGGAAGGGUUAUAAAUGUUUUAAAAUCAAAAAUGAAAAAUGCAUUAUGCAGUAUACACCAU